AUGGCAAACAUUGAUUUUAUGCUUGAUCCUGGAUGGCCGUUCUUACGCCAAACUCCUGAUGAGGCUUUGAAGGAACAAGCUGCUCGUAAAUAUGAUAAUAAGAGCCAUACUUGGGUACCGGAUCCGACUGAAGGGUUUGUUAUUGCAUCCAUCUCUGUUCAAGAAGGAAAUAAUUUAUCAUUAACUAUGCCCGAUGGCUCACAAAAAAAAAUGCAAAAAGAUGACUGUCAAGAGAUCAACCCCGCCAAGUUUGAAAAAACUGAGGAUAUGUCUAACUUGACCUUCCUGAAUGAAGCUUCCGUUCUUCAUAAUCUUCGACAGCGUUACUACUCGAUGAUGAUCUAUACAUAUUCAGGAUUAUUCUGUGUCUUCAUUAAUCCAUAUAAAAUGUUACCGAUUUACACCGACUCGGUUGCCAAUAUGUAUAUCGGAAAGAGAAGAUCAGAGAUGCCUCCUCAUCUUUUUGCUGUUUCGGAUGAAGCGUAUCGUAACAUGAUCCAUGAUCAAGAGAACCAGUCUAUGUUAAUUACUGGAGAGUCAGGAGCUGGUAAAACGGAAAAUACCAAGAAAGUUAUCGCUUACUUCGCCAGAAUUGGUAGUAACAACAAGACAGCAAACACGGAUGGAAAAAAAUCUGUACGAUUCAAAGAUCUUGGAGAAAGUUCUUUGGAAGAUCAAAUCGUUCAAGCAAACCCUGCUAUCGAAGCUUUUGGUAAUGGGGCUACCACGAGAAAUUAUAACUCUUCUCGAUACGGAAAGUUCAUCAGAAUUCAUUUCAACAAGAAAGGAAAGCUUGUUGGUGGUGAUAUUGAACAUUAUCUCUUGGAGAAAUCUCGUGUAAUAAAACAAGCUCCAGGAGAGAGAUCCUACCAUAUCUUCUACCAAAUCAUGACUCAAAAGAAAUUGAGAGAACGAUAUCAAUUGGUAGAGGAUAUUCGUAAGUACAACUCAGUGUCUCAAGCUGAGAUAACCGUACCCGGAAUGGACGACAAGGAAGAGUUCAGAAUUACCGAUAACGCAUUCGAUGUUAUGGGCUUCUCGGAUCGCGAGAAGGAUGAUUUAUACAAAGCCUGUGCCGCAAUCAUGCAUUUGAUGUGUUCGAAAUUCAAGCAGAAACCAAGAGAGGAGCAAGCUGAAGUCGAUGAUAUGGAAGCUCCUACUCGUGCUUGUCGUCUAUUCGGAAGUGAUCCUGAUAUCUUCGUUAACGCUUUGACUAGACCAAGAAUCAAAGUUGGAACUGAAUGGGUUAACAAAGGACAGAAUUUACAGCAGGUGGAUUGGGCAGUCGGUGCUCUAUCUAAGGCGAUUUACGCUCGCAUGUUCACAUGGCUUAUCAAGCGCGUCAAUGUCACUUUGCAAGCCAACCUCGAAGAUUCUGAAAAUUACAUCGGUGUUCUCGAUAUUGCCGGAUUUGAAAUCUUCGACAGGAACUCCUUCGAACAGCUCUGGAUCAACUUCGUAAACGAAAAACUCCAACAGUUUUUCAAUCACCAUAUGUUCGUCUUAGAGCAGGAGGAGUAUCAGCGUGAAAACAUUGAAUGGACAUUCAUUGACUUCGGUCUCGACUUGCAAACUUGCAUAGAACUGAUCGAAAAGCCUCUCGGUAUCGUUUCAAUGCUCGAUGAAGAAUGUAUUGUUCCUAAGGCAUCAGAUCACACUUACGUUGAAAAACUGAUCAAUCAGCAUCUUGGAAAGCACCCUAAUUUCCAAAAGCCUAAACCUCCAAAAGGAACACAAGCUGAAGCCCACUUUGCCAUAGUUCAUUAUGCUGGAACUGUACGGUAUAAUGCUGAUCAGUGGUUGGAUAAGAAUAAGGAUCCUUUGAAUGAUUCUGCAGUAGCUGUUCUUAAGACAGGAGAUAAAAAUGGAUUGAUGUUCAAAAUUUGGGAAGAUUACAUGACCGACGUUGAUAGAGAAGAGAAUGCUUCACGUGGCAAAGCAGCUCAACCUAUCAAGAAAAAGGGAAAAUCUGCCUCGUUCUUGACUGUCUCAACUAUGUACCGCGAGUCUCUCUCCAGCUUGAUGAACAUGCUCCACUCAACACACCCACACUUCAUAAGAUGUAUUAUUCCAAAUGAAAGGAAGAAAUGUGGACUUGUAGAUGCUCCUUUGGUUUUGAAUCAAUUAACAUGCAAUGGUGUAUUGGAAGGCAUUCGUAUUUGUCGCAAAGGUUUCCCCAAUCGCUUGGUAUAUCCUGAAUUCCGCUUCCGUUAUGCUAUCUUAGCUGCGGACGAGGCUUCAGUUGCUGAUGCUGCAGAGGCUUCGCAAAAAAUGUUAGCUCGUCUCAGUAAGGAAAACAAGAUAAAUGUUGAUUCGUACAAGACUGGAUCAACAAAGGUGUUUUUCCGUGCUGGAAUGCUUGCUAGAAUGGAAGAGCUUCGUGAUGAAGCAAUUGCUAAGAUCAUGGUCAAAUUCCAAUGUGCUGCUCGUCACUAUCUUGGACAGUGUGAAUAUAAAAGACGAUUGGAUCAAGAGGAUUCGUUUGUUGUAAUCCAGGAGAACAUCCGAAAGUGGACAAAAUUACGUGCUUGGCCUUGGUAUCGUUUGUACACUCGUCUGAAGCCUAUGCUCAAAGGAAUGCGCUCCAAUGCAGAAGUUGAAGCGCUUGAGCGCAAAGUUAAGGAUUUGGAGGAAGCCAACAAAGCUGAGGAAGAUUUGAAGAAGAAGUUGGCAGACGAUCUUCGAGCUAAGAUAGAUGAGUUCGAGGAGAUGAAAGCUUCUCUUGAACGUGAACGAAUGUUGAUGACAAGAAGGAACUGUGAAAUUGAUGAAUUAAACAAAUCUGUCAAGGAGGAAACUGAGAAAGUUGAGGAGUGGUCACGCAAAGCCAAAGAGUUGGAAAGAGACAAUGCCCGAGAAAAGAAAGAAGCCGAUGAAAGGGAGAGACGUCUCCAAAUGGAAAAAGAUGCAGAAGAAGCUAAGAACAGAGUGAUUCUGGAGAAGUUGAACACCGAUUUGAAAACUCUUCAAUCUGACCAUGAGCGUAUGAUCAUCGCUCGCAAAAACCAGGAGCAUGCUAAUGCUGAACUGAUGGAUCGUUUCGACAUUCUGCAAGAUAAGUUCAUCAGAGCGGAUGAACAAAGAAACAAAAUGCGUGAAGAUUAUGACACCAUGGAGGAGAAGUUCCUAACGGAGAACAGACACAAAGAUGAACUAGCUAAAGCCAAUAAGCGGCUCGAGAACCAAUUACGCCAGCUAAGAACUUUGCUCGAAAAUUCGGAGAAGGAUAAGCAUAGUUUCGAUUUGGAUAACAAGAAGAGAGAAGAGGUCAUCAUGGACUUAAAAUCCAAAGCAACCCAUGAUGCAAACUUGAUAACAAAGCUUCAAGUCAACAUUCGCAGACUUAUUCAGCGGAUUGAAGAGUUGGAGGAAGAAUUGGAUGAAGAACGCAAGUUGCGCAUGAAGAAUGAGCGACGCAAACAGGAGCUCGAAACCGAUUUGGACAGCGUUUCUCGCCAGAUGGAAGAGGCUCACGGCGAACUCUCAGCUCAACAACACUUGAACAAAAUCAGAGCAGAAGAGCUCUCCAAUCUGCAACGUGAGCUGCAGAAGAGAAACCUGAACGCAGAAACAUAUAUUGCUGACUUAUGUUCCAUGCAAUAUGUUACUGUCAACAAUUUGAGAAAUCUCAGCCAACAAGCGGCUUCACUCGAAUCAGAAGCUAACAGAGUGCUGGACGCUCGUAAGUCCAUGUCCAAUGGUUUUAAUCUUCCGCAAGUGUACAUUCAAGAAGAAGAGUAA